AGCGACCCCGGGCUGAUCCAGCUCUGAAGCCCUGUCCGCUGGCAUCAUGAGCGGCCGUAGUAGGGGUCGAAGGUCUUCCCGCGCCAAAGGCCGGGGCAAAGGCCGAGCCAGACCCCGGGUCCGCGCCGCCGAGGACGACUCCUGGCGUGAUGCGAAGUCGCCAGAAGACCCUCAGCUCGAGGAGGAGGACGACGCGGCCGAGCAGGUGCAGGCCGGAGCUGCCCAGGGAGGCUCGGGAGCAGCCGAGCUUGGGGACGACGCGGCCCGCCGCCUCCCGCUGGACUGCGGCCUGGCGCUGCGGGCACGGGCUGCGGACGAGCGCGGGCUGGCGGCCCCUGACCCUGACCUGGAGAGGGCCGCAUCCAUCGCCGAGCGCCUGACCUCUGACACCGAAUUCGUGGGAACCGUGGGGGCCUUGGCGAGGCUGCGGCACGGCUCCCGCCUUGGAAAUCGGCGAGUCCCCGGGAGGAAGGCCGCGGGGAGGGGACCUCAGGCCACAGUCAGUGGGAAACCAAAGAUGGGCUCCGCGGGGCCAUGCGUCGCUGUCCCUGUGGGGGAGGAGAGGAAGGUGGCAGAGAAGCAUGCUGGGUCAGGGUCCUCCGUGACAGUAGGCAGCAUGGAUACCCUGGAGACGGUCCAGCUAAAGCUGGAGACCAUGAAUGCACAGGCCGACAGGGCCUAUCUCAGGCUCUCUCGCAAGUUUGGCCAGUUGCGACUUCACCAUUUAGAGCGCCGGAACCUCCUUAUCCAGAGCAUUCCCGGCUUCUGGGGGCAAGCUUUUCAGAAUCACCCCCAGCUGUCAUCUUUCCUGAAUACCAAAGAUAAGGAGGUAUUGAGCUACUUGAACCGACUGGAGGUGGAAGAGCUUGGCCUUGCUAGACUGGGCUACAAAAUCAAGUUCUAUUUUGGCCGAAACCCCUAUUUCCAAAAUAAGGUUCUCGUCAAGGAAUAUGGGUGUGGUCCCUCUGGUCAAGUGGUGUCUCGCUCGGCUCCAAUCCAGUGGCUCCCAGGUCAUGAUCUACAGUCCUUAAGCAAUGAAAACCCAGAAAAUAAUGGUAGCUUCUUUGGGUGGUUUUCAAAUCACGGCUCCAUUGAGUCCGACAAGAUUGUUGAGAUAAUCAACGAGGACCUGUGGCCCAAUCCUCUACAGUACUACCUGAUCAGCGAAGAAGCCCGUGGAGAGAAAGGAAAGGAAGAAAGGCCUGGUCCAACAAAGCAGCCCGCGGAGACGGCUGAGCCUAGGGUGAAGCAGCCCAAGUGAUGCUGCGGAGAUCUCCCUCCUGCCUCCUGCUGUCAGGCUGGCCACCCGGGCUUGGUUGUCAGCCUUGUGUUCAUGCCAUCUCAUAAGAUGUACACGGUCGCCAUCUUGAACUUUUCAAGAACGUGGCGUUUGUGAUCACGCUCUUUGCUUCCCCAUGGCCUCAGCUUGACACGAGUGUCACAUGAUGUGUGAUCUCAUGCUCACUGCUUGUAUAUUAAGCACUUAAGACGUGCGCAGCGUUACACGACCCAGUUCCCGUUCGUAGCGCUGGUCCUCCCCACCGGUCUUUCACGUGGACGUUCUGAGUCAUUGUCCAGACAGAUACUCAAGCUGCGCUACUUCGUGACCAGCCAGCGGGGCUUUGUCUUCAUUUUAGCCAUGCAUGUUAUCAAUGGCAAGAUUUUCUGUUGCCAUCACAAGAUGAAGCCAGUGCACGUGGCAUUGGCCAUCAGCCUCAUUUUAUUCUGUGGCUCUGGGGACAGUGACCAAGGUUCUUCCUAUUUUAUUUCCAGCCUCAGCCUAGGGUCCAGCAGACUCCUGGGUGUGGAUGAGGUCAAGGGCAAGCAGGAGUAAAUUCACGUCCUGCAUCUCUUCUUGCCUCUGGGCCACGCUACUAGCGAACCUUCGUCAAAGCCUGGCGUGCCUGUUCACAGUCAGCCCUGUGACUGUUGGCUCCUGGCUCCAGCUGACUUGUUCAUGAAAGACCGCGAGAACUGUCUGUCGCCCCAGGCACCCUCCUCCUAGUGCAUGCGCUACAAACCUACUCCCUCCAGACUUUAGGAACCCUCCUGGUGGGCAACCUGGUAUUUGUGAGCAUACGCUUGUUGCUGUCGUGUUGUGAGCCCUGAGGAGGGUAGGGCUUUGGACCAUAGCAUUAUCAACUAGGAAUCUGUGUCAACUUUCCUUAUUCCUUGCUAAGAUGGGACAAGAAUACUUCAAUGGAAUGCUAGGAAGAGGGAUUUUUCAUUUGUAUGCCUGUGUUUGCUUCAUACCUCCAUGCAACUUAGUCUUCUUCCCUAUCUGCCUACCUCCUGAUCCUUCCUACUCUUCCUCAUCCCCCACAACCCCUGCCACCCACGUUUAAAAUAGCAUCACGAAGCUCAGACAGAGAACAUCAUCAACCAGGCUUUUCUUUAUACAGCUAGGAGGUAGGUAGGGACUUUCUCUGCACACUCAUGUAAGUAGGCUGAGAUAAAAAAAAAAAAAAAAACCAGAAGGCCUCAAGAGGAUCUCUGGUCAGAUCUGGGUCCUGAAUCCUGGACUCACUCUGUUGUUCUAAAGUUGUAUACAGCUGCUAGAAUUAGAAACCCUAAGGCAGCAGUGUUGUGGUCUCCAGUUUUGUCUUCUGUGUGUUCCUUCUAUGACCCAGGGGCUUCCUAAUGUCUCCAUUGGUGGCCUGUGCAACUGGGAUCCUCAGCCCCCAGCUUUCCCACUCAACAGUCCUUGGCUGCCUUUGCUUCUUAGCGCAAAUAAACUGACUAUGGGGGAUCCCUAGGUGUUCCCAGGGACAGGCACAGGUGGAACCUGUUCUAGACAUUGCUGGUAAGUGUACAGACUGAGCUGGGCCCCCUUGUCCAGGCUUGCCUGUGUCCCGACUUGCCUUGUGUGUAAAGUAGAGUUCUCUAAGCCAGUCCUUCCUCAAAGCCACAUUAUGCUUUGAAGGACUUCAUCCUAACCUCUGCAAGGGGUCCUUGACUGAGUGGUCAGGGGAUGAUAGGCAGGGAAAUCAGGCCAACAAGAAUAGGUAUGAGCCGGGUAUGGAGUGGACCAGUAGAAAGUUGGCAGAAAUGGCUCGUGAGGCUGCAGAGUAGUCUCGGCGAUGGAGGUGACAGGAGAGACCUUACUCAGGGUUGGGAAGGGAGAACUAAAGGGGUUGUUAGCAAGUAUGACGCUUGGGCAAGGAUGGAUCCAGAGGUCUGGACAAUCUUUAUCAUCGUUAGUGAGGUUUUCUUCUUUUUGUAGUCACAGAAAGAAACCAAAAACAAUGUUACUGUGUUGGAUGUUUUCUGUCCAGGUGCAGCCUUGUAUGUGUGGAAGAUGACGCUAUAUGCUAUGUAUUUAGCCUCUAAGUAAAAUCUACCACUUUCUGUAGUUUUGCCUAAUGUGGAAAAUAGAGCUGUACAAAUUGGCUUUAAAAUACUGUUUGCUCUUUGUUAUGUAAAUUCUAUAAACAGGUGUAGGAAGUGGUCCUUGGACCCCGUGUGCCUUCUGUCUCGCAGCAUCCAACAUUGGCUCUGAGCAACCGAGCUUCACCUGUAGCUCCUCUUCCUCCUGCAUUGUUUAUUGAAGUCCAAGGUUCUGAGCCUAUGCAGUCAGGUGCACUUUGGGAGAUUGGGACUCUGGUGUUGAUAGUUGCGGGGUGCACUCUGAUGAUCACAGCAAGUCGGCUUCUGUCCCUUUUGUGUAAAUUAAUGAUUUUCCAGAUGUGGGCCUCAUAAAUGUGUCUUCAAAAUUAGUGAAACUCAGAGGUGAUGAGGAUAUUCUGCUCUCCCCCACAUCAACAAAGGAAGAGGCCACUCUUGUAAAUCCGUCUAAGACUGUGAUGUGAGGUACCCUUCACUGUGUCAGUCUGUCCUCCUGUGUAACAUAGGCACUUGUAUGAACUGUUAUGGUUGCUGUGUUCUGUGAAAAUAACCUCUCCAACAUAAUCCUUUACUGGCUGUUGUAGUUGAUAUUUGAUACCCUGGUAAUAAUGCGAUAUUUCCCUGUUCCUAAGCAGCAUAAAGAUUUGCAAGUGUGCAUGUAUGGUGGAAAAAUAGUAAUAAAAAUUCUUGUGUUACUGUUCUAUUUCA